AUGGAAGACUUUUUGGGCUCUCUUCGCCGCUCCCUUGUUCUCCGACCAGGCGGCGUCGAUGCUCCUUUUGCGGGAAUCGCCGACAAGCUUGGCUCCGCCAUUCGCAAGUCGCGAAUCGCAUUCAAACCUCCUCCUCCUCCUCCUCCCAUACGGUGGCGCAAGGGCCAGUUGAUCGGUUCGGGCGCCUUUGGUCACGUCUACAUGGGAAUGAACCUCGAUUCCGGGGAGCUUAUUGCCAUCAAACAGGUUUUAAUCGCGCCUGGUAGCGCUUACAAGGGGAAUACACAGCUUCGUGGAAGUGUUUCUAGUGGUCAUUAUGUGGAUGAGUGUCAGGCUAAUAUUCGGGAGCUCGAAGAAGAAGUCAAGCUUCUCAAGAAUCUUAAGCAUCCAAAUAUUGUUAGAUACUUGGGAACUGCCCGAGAGGAGAAUUCCUUAAAUAUUCUGCUGGAGUUUGUACCUGGUGGUUCUAUCUCAUCACUUUUGGGGAAAUUCGGAUCCUUCCCUGAAUCCGUUAUAAGAAUGUAUACAAAACAGCUUUUACUGGGCCUUGAAUACCUUCAUAAUAAUGGGAUUAUUCACAGAGAUAUUAAGGGAGCCAACAUUCUAGUUGAUAACAAAGGGUGCAUUAAACUUGCAGACUUUGGUGCAUCCAAGAAAGUUGUUGAACUGGCUACCAUCAAUGGUGCAAAAUCAAUGAAGGGCACACCACAUUGGAUGUCCCCUGAAGUUAUUCUACAAACAGGACAUACGAUCUCCACUGAUAUAUGGAGUGUUGCAUGCACUGUGAUAGAGAUGGCCACGGGAAAGCCUCCAUGGAGUCAACAGUAUCCCCAGGAGGUUUCAGCUAUUUUCUAUAUUGGGACAACUAAAUCUCAUCCACCCAUACCUGAACAUCUGUCUCCUGAGGCAAAGGACUUUUUGCUGAAAUGCUUCCACAAGGAGCCAGAUUUAAGGCCUUCCGCAUCAGAAUUGUUACAGAUCAAGAUUCAGAAUUCUCAACUUGCCUAUGAGUUCAUGAAACCAGACACUAGGGAGGGCGAAUACAUAUGCAUCCGUUCAUCACCUAUGACUAUCAUGGAUCUCAUUCAAUAUUACGCAGUUCAUUCAGGGUUGGUGUCCACGUUCUUGGAUUCUGUUCAGGGAUCAACUUGCACAGGCUUGAAGGAUGUUUGUCAGAUAGAUAGCAGAAGGUUCUCAACUGUAUAUCAUAAAUCAGAUUCCUACCAGAGAUCAGACAACAAUGAUGAUGACAUGUGUCAAAUGGAUGAAGAUGAUUUUUUGAUUGAUUCAUCAGCAAAAUCUGAAUCUCUAUUAGCUUCUGAUACGAAGAGUUGCAAUCCUUUGUACAAACCUGUGGAUGACCGGCCUUGCAAUUUUAACGAAACCCAAUAUUUAGAGAAAAGCAGACCGAACUUGUCAUUUUCAAGUGAGCCUGUAGGAGCUGAAGAUGAUGAAGAGCUUACUGAAUGUAAAAUUAGAGACUUCCUUGAUGCCAAGGCCCUUGAACUGAAGAAGCUCCAAACACCUCUUUAUGAAGAAUUCUUUAACAUAUCAAAUGCCGCCAUUGCACAUGCUCCCAUUGCAGUUGCAAAGAGUAAAGUUAUUUCCGGUGACCCAAAUGUAACAUCAAAAGUCAGAUCUCCUAGUCAGGCUUGGAGACGAUUCUCAAUGGCUGGAAGUGCUACUGUAGCAAGCCCUGGGAGUCAUACCAAAUUCCGAUCGAAGCUUAGUGGUGCUCAUUGUCAACCUUUGCAAGAAAUUCAGCCUCCUGAGCUUAAUGAAUCAAAGGAGACUCUUCAUGAUGCUGAGCCAGAAUCAUCUAUUGUAAGCUCAAACUUUUCUGAGAGGCAAAGGAAAUGGAAAGAAGAAUUGGUUGAAGAGCUUGAGUGGAAACGAGAGAUGAUCCGUCGGGCCGGAAUUGGAGGAAAGAUAACAUCUCCAAAAAAUCGCAAAUUUUAUGGAGACUGA